UAGACUUAAGAAUAAAUAUAUAGGAACAAUAAUCAAGUUACCUAAGAUUAUUGUUUGCUGUCAAAAGCUUCAAUAUAAACGGUCACUCCAGUAACAACUAAACAUUAACAUACUCGUGACUCCAAUAAUCACGUUAAUACUGAAAUGGAAGCUAAUUUAAAGGAAAUGGCCGAACUGGAAAAGUCCCAAGACACCGACAGCUCGACCGACACGGUAACGGAGGAGGACCCCCCGAAGGAGGACGAGCCGCAGGCGUCCGGCUCCGGGUCCGCCCUCGUGCCCGACUACGAGUCGACCCGCUUCGCGAAGCAGAGCCGGGCCGAGAAGAAGGCGCGCAAGAUGAUGUCGAAGCUGGGCCUGAAGCCGGUGACCGGCAUCAGCAGGAUCACCAUGCGUAAGUCCCGUAACAUACUGUUCGUCAUCAACAAGCCGGACGUGUUCAAGAGUCCGGACGGCGAGACGUACAUCGUGUUCGGCGAGGCGAAGGUGGAGGACAUGUCGCAGCAGGCUCAGGUGGCGGCCGCCGAGAAGUUGAAGGGCAUCAAGCCGGCCGGGGGCGACGCGCCGGCCAGCACCUCCAACGACACCGGGGACUCGGACGAGGAGGUCGACGGGACCGGGAUCGAGGAUAAGGACAUCGAUCUGGUCAUGUCGCAGGCCAAUUGCAACAGGACCAAGGCCAUCAAGGCCUUGAGGAACAACGGAAAUGACAUUGUCAACGCCAUCAUGGAACUGACAAUGUAAUCCGAAUGUUUUGAAUUAUUGUUUUAUUCACUUUGCUGCAAUAACUAUGUCCAUUUGUAAUAUUUAGCUAUUUCUUAAAUAAAUUCAUAAUUUUGAGGCA